AUGGCGGGAGCUGCGGCUGCCGGGGCGGCGCUGGGGCCGGCGGGAGAGGCGGCCAGGCUGUCGGCGAGCCACUACGUGCGCAACUCGCGGGCCAUCGGCGUGCUGUGGGCCGUCUUCACCAUCUGCUUCGCCAUCGUCAACGUGGUGUGCUUCUUGCAGCCCUACUGGGUGGGCGACGGCGCGGACACGCCGCAGGCGGGCUACUUCGGCCUCUUCCAGUUCUGCACCGAGCGGGGCGUCUCCGGCGAGGUGGCGUGCGCCGGCGGCUUCGCGGACUUCGCGGCCAUCCCGUCGGGAGCCUUCCAAGCCGCCGCCGCCCUCGUCGGCCUCUCCGUGGUGCUCGUCCUCGCCUGCAUCGGCUGCUUCGGCCUCUUCUGCUUCUGCAACGCCGCCGCCGUCUACAAGACGUGCGCCUGGCUGCAGCUCGCCUCCGCUGCCUGUCUCGUCCUGGGCUGUAUGAUUUAUCCUGAUGGCUGGGACGCAGAAGAGGUGAAAAAGAUGUGCGGGGAGAAGACAGACAAGUACGUCCUGGGGGCGUGUUCCAUCCGAUGGGCAUAUAUCCUGGCUAUCAUUGGGAUUCUGGAUGCCCUCAUUCUCUCCUUCCUGGCAUUCGUACUUGGCAAUAAACAAGCCAGCUUACUAACAGACGAACUCAAGUUGCAAAACAAAGGUAUGAGGCGUGAUGGGGACACUGGGUUACUCUGAGCUGCCUCAGUGGCAAAUGCUUUAAAAAGAUUGUUUCCAUUUUCCAUUUUCUUUGUUUAGGGAAACUAAAACUUGCUCUCAGGUUCAGAUUUCCUAUGGCUUUUUUCAAAUGCUUUUUAUUUCUUGGGCUGAAAAAUUCUCUAUUUUUUGUUCUGAUGUUAUAUAAUCUGUUCCCAAUAUUCUCAAACUUGUUUAAAGACUUUAUUCCCUUUGCUUUUCAAUUUACCUACCUGCUUUAGCCAUCUUUCUUUUGUUUGCUUGUUUGUUUAUUGAAUUUAUCAGCCGCCCUCCCCACUGGGGCUAUGUACAACAUGAUCUUAUAAGACACCAAAUAAAACUGGUUUAAAUCAGGUAAAACAAUAAAA